AUGAAGAUUUUGACGUCUGACGAAAUCGAACUACAAAAAUAUCAUACCAUAAAGGGUGGGAUAGUAGGUGCCGUUGGUGGACUUGCUGUUUCGGGCUUAAUGUUUAGAUUCCUACCCAGAAGGUAUCCCAAGUUUAAUUUGAAAACUAUGCCGUGGUCAGUAAAGACUGCAUUAUUUAUUAUGCCUCCUACAGUUUUAACUGUCAUUUGUGCGGAAGAAUCAUCAAAUAAAUUCGACGCAAUGAUGUACAGUUCAGAUUACAGGUCAGAUAGAUUAUUGGAAGAACAUAAAGAAUGGGCUCAGAAAUCGAUAAAGGAGAAAAUAAUUUCUUCUCUUUCGAAUAACAAAUAUAAGAUAAUUACGGGGAUUUGGGCGGCUUCAUUAUAUGCAUCUUGGGAGAUUAUCAAUAGAGAUAAAAUUAUGACCACGACGCAAAAAGCUGUCCAGGCUAGAAUGUACGCACAAUUUAUCACUGUUGUACUACUGCUAGCCUCGGUUGCAUUAAGUCAAUACGAAUCAAAGUUACAACCUAAUAAAUUCAAACUAUUAGAACAAAAUAGAUGGGAAAAUGCUCUAAAAGCAGCAGCUGAAGAGGAAGAAGAAAUGCAAAGGCAAAAGACUAGAAGUGCCCUCAACUCCAACGAAGAACGCAAGAAGGCGAAGAUCUUCAAGUACGAUUAG